CGUAGUGACGAAAUUGUUGUGGUGUUCCAGAAAUCCGGGCUUGGAACUGUGGACUGACUUGCGGCUCAGCUCUGAUGGACAUGUGGUGCAGCUUCUGAAGGCGGGGAGGAGUCCACACCGUUUAGUCAUUGCUGGAGCUCAUCGCACGCGUUAACGAAGAGCGGCUGGUUAGGGAACCUCAGUGAUUUUAACUGUGUUGGACUCGAUUUGAGAGAUGGCUGAUCCCUCAUUUCACUCUUGCUGUGGUCCGAGACUGGGGAUUUGAGAAAACAGGCUGGGGUCACGUAUUAACCCUGGUCCCAGGGUAAGUAAGGCUCCUUGCGGCGCCGGCAGACCAAGUCAGGCAGAAGACGCAGCAGUCGGAUCUCGUGUGGGUGGGGGGGCUCUUUUUCUUCCUCCCUUUCUGCUUAGCAAUGUCGCCGGCUCCAGCUGCAGCCCAGGCUCCUGCGUCAGUCUCCUUGUUUGAGCUUCACGCGGAUGCUCCGGUCCUUGCGGGCCUAAGCCUGGUGAGCCACCUUUCCGGAGAAACUCAGGCCCAAGCUCUGCGGACUUCCUGUCCAGGGUCAGGGAAGAGAGCAAGCCCAGAAAGAAAACCACUCCAGGGUCCUCUGGAUAUUUCAGGGAAGUUAUUUUGUUCAACCUGUGACCAGACCUUCCAGAACCACCAGGAACAGCGGGAACAUUAUAAGCUUGACUGGCAUCGGUUUAACCUAAAGCAACGUCUAAAGAACAAGCCUUUCCUUUCUGCCCUGGACUUUGAAAAGCAGAGCUCCACAGGAGACCUUUCCAGCAUCUCAGGAUCAGAAGACUCAAACUCAGCCAGUGAGGAGGACUUGGAGAUACUGGAUGAGGAAAAGGCUGAGUUUGAGAAGCCUAACCGACCCCUAGGCCUCCGCUCCCAUCGGGUUCUUUUCCAAAAUGCCCAGGGCCAGUUUCUUUAUGCCUAUCGCUGUGUCCUAGGCCCUCACCAGGUGUCCCCAGGAGAACCAGAACUGCUGCUCCAAAACCUGCGAAGUGGAGGUCCUAGACACUGCGUGGUGCUCAUGGCUGCAGCUGGACACUUUGCUGGUGCCAUUUUCCAAGGAAGAGAAGUGGUGACACAUAAAACCUUUCACCGCUACACAGUACGGGCCAAGCAUGGCACAGCCCAGGGACUUCGUGAUGCCCGAGGUGGGGCUUCACGUUCUGCUGGAGCCAACCUGAGGCGCUACAAUGAAGCCACACUAUAUAAGGAUGUUCGUGACCUGCUGGCAGGGCCAGGAUGGGCUAAGGCGCUGGGGGAGGCUGGGACAAUACUGCUGCGUGCCCCCCACUCUGGCCGGUCCUUGUUCUUCGGAGGCCAAGGGGCACCCCUGCAACGGGGAGAUCCCCGAAUUUGGGAUAUCCCCCUCACUACCCGCAGACCCACCUUCAGAGAGUUACAGCGUGUGCUCCACAAGCUGACCACCUUACAUGUCCAUGGAGAAGAUCCCCGGGAGACAGUCAGGUUGGAUUCACCUCAGACACACUGGAAGAUAAUCAAAGAGAGAAAGGCGGCUAUGGAGGAAGAAAGAAAAGUCCCCGGUGAUGAACGUGAGACACUGGGACAGAAUGAAGACUCUCCCAAACAGGGUUCAGGGUCAGAGGGAGAGGAUGACUUCCAGGUAGAGUUGGAGCUAGUAGAAUCGACAGUGGGGACGCUGGAUCUUCGUGAGUUUGAGGUAUUGCCCAAGCGGAGGAGAAGAAAAAGGAAUAAGAAGGAGAAAAGCCAAGACCUGGAGGCUGGGGCACAUACGACUCUUCCCCAGCAACUUCAAGAAGAGGCCUUCUCACGGUCAGCCCAGGCUCAUGCAGCCCCUUCGGAGCCUUCCCUGGAUGAGUCCAAGGCCCCUGGGCAGUCAGAGCUCUGGGAUGUGCUUCUUGCUGCUUGCCGCGCUGGAGACGUUGGGAUGCUGAAACUCCAGCUAGCUGCCAGCCCCAUAGACCCAGAAGUUCUUUCUCUGCUCAGUGCCCCCUUGGGCUCCCGUGGCUUCACCCUCCUGCAUGCGGCAGCCGCAGCUGGCAGAGGCUCAGUGGUUCGCCUGCUACUGGAGGCAGGUGCUGACCCCACCAUCCAGGACUCCCAGAGCCGGCCACCAUAUACUGUUGCAGCUGACAAAUCAACACGUAAUGAGUUCCGAAGGUUCAUGGGGAAGAAUCCAGAUGCUUAUGAUUACAGCAAGGCUCAGGUGCCAGGACCACUGACACAAGAAAUGGAGGCGCGGCAGACUACGCGGAAAAAGGAGCAGAAGGCAGCCCGGCGACAACGGGAGGAACAGCAGCGGAUGCAGUGGGAGCAGGAGAAGAGGGAGCAAGAAGAGCAGCGGCGAUUUGCCACCCUCAGCGACAGAGAGAAGAGAGCUGUGGCUGCAGAGCGCCGACUCGCUGCCCAGCUGGGAGCCCCUAACCCUCAGAUUCCUGACUCUGCAGUCGUCAAUGCUCCACGCUGCUGGACUUGUGGGACAUCCCUUCAAGGCCUCACUCCCUUUCACUACUUUGACUUCUCUUUCUGCUCCACACGCUGCCUCCAAGAUCAUCGCUGUCGGGCCGGGAAGCCCUCUUCCUGAUCUCUUACACCUCUACCUGGAGCCAACUCUCCGCCCUAAGAGUGCACAUUCACACUGGCCCUAGGUUUCUUCUUCCCCACGAAACCAGAGUAUUUGGAAGAUUAGGGUGAGGGACACUGAGGAACCAGGGCAAAGAGAGGGCCACAGAUGUGUGUGGAGCUGGUACUGUCUCUGGAACUUUAAUCACAAUAAAGUUUGGCAAGGAAACUGCA